AUGGAGAUAGAUGCCUAUGGGAAAUUGAGCUUCCGCAAGGAAAGAGGGCAGGGUAUUCUUUUAAAAGUGUUUGAUACGUCAAAGUACAAGACGAGAAUCUGUAACUCGAAGGAAGAUGUUGACACUGACCUUGUUUUUAUUGAAAGCUUCAAUGUAACACUAAACAUUCCAAUUCGUCUCAUGACAAAGGAAGAAUGA